AUGGAUCAAAUGCUGGCAGUCCACGAUAUUCACGAACCAAACACAGGAACCUGGCAAUAUGUUGUCGCAGACCCGUCCACCAUGAGCGCAGUCAUCAUCGACUCCGUCUUGGACUUUGACCCAGCCUCUGCGAGCAUCACCACAAAAAGUGCAGACACUCUGUUGGCUCUAGUCAAAGACAAGGGCUACAAGGUCGAGCUAAUUUUGGAGACACACGCCCAUGCCGAUCACCUCACUGCCGCCGCAUACCUGCAGGAACAGCUCGCGACAAGUCAGGGUACUCGGCCGGAGAUAGGCAUAGGCAAGCGCAUAGCCGAAGUGCAAAAGCGCUUCGGUGACAGAUACGGAGUAAAUCCCGAUGAAUAUAAGAACGCCUUUGACAGACUAUUCGAGGAUGAUGCCGAGUUUCGGAUCGGCAAUCUGACAGCCACUGUUCUCUACUUACCCGGCCACACUCCAGAUCAUGUCGGUUACAAGAUUCAAGACAACAUAUUUUGCGGCGACUCCCUUUUCAACGCCGACGUUGGCUCCGCGCGGUGCGAUUUCCCCGGCGGCGAUGCGACACAGCUGUAUGCCUCUGUGCAGAAACUCUUAAACCACGCACCGCAUGUGAAGAUAUGGACUGGACAUGAUUACCCGCCUGAAGCGAGGGCAGGGCGUGCCGUUUCCGCAAUGACGGUCAGCCAGCACAGAGAGCAGAACAAACACCUCAAGGACGGGACAUCGCGAGAAGAGUUUGUGACUUGGAGAACGGAGAGGGAUGCGACGCUGAAAGAGCCACGGCUUAUUCAUUAUGCUUUGCAGAUUAAUAUUCGGGGUGGGCGGUUGCCGAAGGCGACUGCGUUGGGGGACAGGCUGGUUCAUGUGCCGCUGAAGGCUUCAUUUUAG